AUGAAUAUUUUCGAAGAAAAUGAAGUGCAUGACGUGGGGUUCCAACCAGAUGGCGGCCUCAAGCAUGACGGUGGCUUACAAUCCGAUGACGACCUGCUUGUAAAUAACCCCAACCACGAGCACGUGAUAUUUCCCCCCACUAGCAUGAAUGCCCAUAAUUCGAAGAACCAACAUGAACUAAAAGAUUCCGACCUGUUCCUAACAUUGAAUAACAAUUUUGCACCCAGCAAAAACUCCAUUUCAGAGGAAUGCAUUUUGAAAGAAGGCGAAGUGAAAGCCCAUCCAUGGAAGGACCCAGGUCCCACUUCUCAGGAUCUGUUACAUUGCUAUAAGGGGAAGGAUGAUCAAGACGAAAAAAAAUAUUUGUACUCGGUGCACAGUGAAAACGAAGCCACCUCCAUCGAAUUGACAUACGAUGGUUUUUUAAAUGACAACAGCUACUGCAAGUCUAGGAGUAUGUCCAUGAAUUUUACAGAUCACUCCGACGACUACGGCGGGAGUUGUGCUCCUCCGGUGGGGAAAGUAAAUGACAACGCGCAAAAUCCUGUGAAGGGGGAGGCUAGUGUGGAUAGGGGUGAUGGAGGCAAUAAUGAUGAGCAGUGUGACAAUCAGGAGGGUGACACGAAGGUGGGUGUACAUGAUGAGGAGAAUCAGCAUAGCGACGCGAAUCAACAUGGCGACGCGAAUAAGCAUAUCGAAGUUAAUGAAAGCUGCAAAGUCCCCGGGGAUGGAGACCAUGACAAGGACGGGAAGGCAAAUGACGACAACGGGGGGGGACACCGACGAGGCAGUGACAAUAAAGGGGACGACGGGGGACAGGGCUACGAAGAGCACGACGAGGAGGGUGCAGGGAGUGACAAUAAAGAGGCAAAAGAAGGCAGUGACAGUGAGGGGAACAAAGUUGAUGAGCACAACGGUGGUGAGGUAGAUGGCCGCCAUGAUAAUCUUCAGCAAAACGCAGCAGCAAAAAAUAGUGAUGAGGAGGAAGGGAUGCAUGAUGGCGUCGAUGCGCAGAAGGCCAACCCAGUGCAGGAAGUCACUCCAGUGGAGGAAGGCACCCCCGCAGAUGCCCCCACCGUGGCGGACCUCCAGAGUGAGAUAACGCAGCUGAAGGAGGACAUACAGAAUAUGAAAAAGGAGAAAAUACACCUACUGGCCAAAUUUAAGGCCUACACAUUGAACAACAAAAGGGAGAUCGAACGCUUGGAGGUGGAGUGCAAAGGUAGGGGGGACGAACUUAGAACGCUGGAGGAGGAGUGCAGAGGGAAAGAGUGUCAAAUUGAACAGCUUAGGGAUCAACUUGCGCAGCUGCAGGAAGCGCAGGCAAAGAUGGACAGGGAGGCGAAGGCCCACGCGGAAGAAGUGAACAGGUUGCAAACAGAAAACGAUUGCUUAAAGGUCCAGAUUGAAGAAGAACAGUUAAAACUGGAAGAGCUCCAAAGUAGUAUUAGUGAGCAGUGCGCGCAAGGGAACAAAUUGAAAUUAGAUCUUCAGGACAAGGACGUGUUGUUUCUCUUUUCCACUGAGUCGAAUCAUCUGGUGUGCUUCACCAAAGAUGGAGAGUACCACAUCGUCGAGGAGGAAUUGUUCAGACAGAGUUACCCUACUGUGCACGUACCGACGUGUGUGCAGGACGAACACUUGAACCAGUUAACGGCGCAUAAAAAGGAGCAAGCUUUUCAGGUAGAAACAAUUGCACAGGAGAAAGCCCGCAUUGAGGAGGAGAAAGCCUGCAUUGAAGAAGAGUUCCAGACGUACAAGAACAAAGUAAACACUUUGAUUAAUGAAACAAAUGACAGUUGGAAGCAUAUAGAAGAGAAAAAUGACACAAUACAAAAGUUGCAUAACUCACUGUUGAAAUAUGAAGAAGACAUUGAGUCAUACAAAAAUGAAAUAUCUAGCAUGACGGAAAAGUACAAGGUGCUGGAGGGACAAGUGUGUAAAGAAAAAAAUAUAAGGGAACAACAGAACGUUCUGGUAGCUGAGUUGAAGAAGCAGAUGCAGAGGGAGAAGGCGGAGAUAAGGAAAAAGUGCAAGGAGCAGUUUGAUGAGGAAUGCCAGCAGAAGGUUAACGAGGUGAAGGCAAUUUUCAGUGAGAAGGAGGCGCUGCUACAGGACAAGAUACAGAUGCUGCUGCGGCAGGUGGAUCGCAUGGUCGUCCUCGCCAGCGAGGAGAAGUCAAAACUGAAGCGGGCCCACUCUCACUCCGAGUCACAAUCGGAAACGCAGCCGUUGGAGGAAUCGACGGCGGCAGGCGAAGCGCUGCCCCCCCUGAGUGGAUCCCCCACUGAGGAGACAUGGCGCAGCGGAGCGGUCGCCCAGGAGACGAGAGACGUCAAACAACCCGCUCGCUCAGAGAUUGGCAGCGAGGGCAACAUCGACUCGGUUGUCCUCAAACAGAUGAAUACAGGGGGAGGUUUGUCCCACUGCGACGCCGCCAGCCACUUCGAGAAGGACAAAAAUGAUGAUGACACCAGGAUACCUAUAUAUCCCAACGAAUAUAAAAAAAUUAGAAAAAAACUGGACAAAUAUGAACUGCUCAUAAGCAAAGAAAAAAAGGACAAAAAAAAUUUAUUAGAACAUAUUAACGCUUUGUGUAGCCAAAUAAAGAAUUAUGAAUCCAUUAGUGGAAAUUACGAACACGUCUUAUACCAGAAGAACAUUUUGCAGAACUUCAUCGCGCAGAUCCCUUCUAAUAUAAAAAUUGACGACUACGUUUCGGUCAUUUACAACACUUUUAAUUUUUCCGCGCAGGAGAUCGAGCUAAUAAAUGCCAAGCGUGCUAAGCGGUGA